AUGGCGCCUGUACCAUCUGCAAUUGGAGACGGAAAAGCCACUGCUCUGGUCACACUGGGUGACGGAGCCAAAGCCUCAUUCUGGCAGUCUGCUUGGCUUGACGGCCUCGCCCCCAUGGACAUUUUCCCGGAUCUCUUCAAACUUGCUUGGAGAAAGAACCGAUCAGUGAAGGAGGAGUUGGAAAAUCAGAGCUGGACUCGCGGCCUAUGGAGAAUGCAAAGCGUAAAUGAGAUGGCGAGCUUCGUGAGGUUGUGGGAUUUGGUGCAGACCGUGGUGCUGUCAGCUGAACCGGACUUCAUCCGAUGGAAGUGGACGGGCACAUGGUCGCCGCCGCCGCCGCCGCCACCGAUCACCCUCCGGCCGGACUCCGUCGCUUCCAUGCCUUGCUCUUCCGGCCCCGAGCUAGGUCGGGACGCGGAGAUGGACCGCCGCCGGGGCCGCGGCUCGCCGCCGCGCGGACCUUGCGCUGUCACACGUUCCCAGAGCCUCGUGGACCGCAUCAGCGCCCUCCCGGACGACGUGCUGCACCGGAUCCUCGCCGGCGUCGGCUGCGUCCGCUCCGCCGCGCGCACCAGCAUCCUCUCCCGCCGGUGGCGCGGGCUCUGGACCGGCCUCGAGACGGUCACCAUCCGCGACCUCGCGCCCGACGCGAUCCACGCCGCGCUCGCCCGGCUCGCCCGCCCCGCGGUGGCGGCCCUCGACAUCCACGUCUCCGUGCCGCGGCAGGGGCUUCAAGCGGCUGACGUGGACUCCUUGCUCGCCGCCGCCGCGGGCCUGUCGCCGGUCAAGCUCGCCGUCGCCAUCCCGGCGUGCUCAUUCGACGUCGACGGGGACGACGACGUCUCCCUGUCCCUGGCCCGCCUCGACGCGACCGAAUCGCUCGGUCUCGAAGUACAUGGGGUUUUCUUCGUCUCGCCGCCGGGGCUGGAGUUCCCGAAGCUGGAGACGCUGUCCCUCUCGGCCUGCGGCAUGGACCUCGCCGCCAUGAUCCCGCGCUGCCCCAAGCUGCGCGUUCUCAGGGUGACCAAGCAGCCAUCCUCCGUCACCAAGAUCGAGGUCCACUCGGCGUCGCUGGAAGAGUUCGUCGUGAGCACGCUGGCGCAGUCCGCCAUCGACAUCGCGGCCCCCGCGCUGAAGAAACUGACGCUGGCCUGCAACAUGGGCACGGACGGCAGCUUGUCGGUCGUGACACCAAUGGUGGAGGAGAUCUCCAUCAAGUGCUGGUAUUUCUCCAUGUACGUUGAUCUCUUCAGCGAGUUGUGGCGCGUCGUCUUCCUGGGCAUACGGACGGUGGAGGGCGGCGGCGACGCACCAGCUCUCGUGCUCCCUCGCGCCCACGUCAUGUCGCUGCAAAUCAUUAUGAGCACUCGUUUUUCGGAGAGGAGAUUUGCUGAAGAAAUGGAGAAGAUUCCUGUUCCCGUCGUCUCUGUUCUAGAGCUCAAGAUCGGAUCACGGGGCCAUGUCUUUGGACCAUUGGUGCUGUACCUGCUUCAGAUUUAUCCUGCUGUGCAAAAGCUCGACAUCAUUCUACUGGAAUCCCGGCCCAAAGUGGAAGACUCUUGCUUUAGUUGCUUCAGAAGGAGGUGCCUCUGCGAGAGGUCUAACAGGGACUGGAGAGAUGAAACUGUCUCCCUGAUCAGCCUCACGGAGGUGGAAAUCAAGGGGCUCAGAGGAGGAUACCAUGAGGUCGAUUUCCUCCGGCUGAUCUUCAGAGGCGCGCCGCUGCUUCAGAGAGUGGCCGUGAAGCUGUGCGCUGCAAUCAUUCCAGGUGACGACUGGUACAACACAGUCCUCGACACCUUCGAGGAGUACCCUGGCGUGAACUGCACUGUCUAUCUGUAGGGCGGCAGGUUCUGGAUGCAUGAUUAGCAUGAUCCUACUAGCUGCAGCAAGAAUUGGUACCAAACCAUCGUUAGCCUUUUAUUCUGUGGACUCGUCGAAAACCUGAAACUUGGAGUUUUGUCGUCGUUAA